AUGUCCCGACAAAUAAUCGGACGUGCAAAAACAAACCUUUCUGCAGGAAUUGUAGGGCUAGCCAAUGUAGGAAAGUCAACAUUUUUCCAGGCAGUUAGCAAAACCGCGCUCGGAAAUCCUGCCAAUUAUCCGUUUGCAACUAUUGAACCAGAAGAAUCGGUAGUAGUCGUCCCAUCCGAGCGACUUUUGACCUUGAAAAAUUUGUAUAAUCCUCGUUCUGUUGUACCAGCCACUCUUCAGUUGGUUGAUAUUGCAGGUCUUGUGAAGGGUGCCUCCCAGGGUUCUGGACUAGGCAAUGCUUUUUUGAGCCAUAUUCGUGCUACGGAUGGGUUGUUUCAAAUGGUGCGUGCAUUUGACGAUAGCGAUAUUGUUCAUAUUGAGAAAUCAGUCGAUCCUGUUCGAGACGCUCAGAUCAUUCACGACGAGCUUGUACUAAAGGACAUGGAGUUUGUGCAAAGUGCAAUUGACACAACAGUUAAAGCAUUGAAAAACCCUAUGAAUCUUAAGGAAAAAAAAGAAUUUUUGAGCACGGCUGAAGAAGUCAUGGAGAUUCUCGAAAGUGGGAAGAGAGCUGCUACUAAGGAUAAUUGGACAGAUUUGCAACUUGGGCAUUUGCGUACUCUUUCUCUGAUAACCACAAAGCCAAACGUGUUUAUUGCUAACAUUUCCGAAGAAGAUUACUGUUUUGGCGACAGCGAGUCGGCUGUUAACGAUCUGGUAGAGUGGGUUAAAACCCACUCGCCAGGCGACAAAGUGAUUCCUUUAAGUGUGAACUUCGAGCAUAGAAGGUCAUUGAUGUCUCCAGAAGAAAUCCUAAAGGAAAAUGAGGAACUAGGAGAUAUUCCGAGUGCAAUUCCGGCUGCGAUAAGCGCGAUGCGAUCAGAACUUGGAUUGCAUAGCUUUUUCACAGCCGGCACAGAUGAGGUUAGAGAAUGGACCAUUCGUGUCGGAACUACAGCGCCACAAGCAGCUGGAGCGAUCCACACGGAUCUUGAAAAAACAUUUAUCGUUGCUAACGUUACGAAACUGAACGACUUGGUCAAGUACUCAGCAGACGAGGCCCAAAUCAAACGAGCUGGUAAACUUCUUUCCAAGGGAAAGGACUACGUUGUUGAAGACGGUGAUAUCAUCCACUUCAGAUCUGGUGCUUCUAAAAAGUAG